GACGUGGAUAUUAGCUAUUAAAGACCCUCUCAAGUGAUCACAUUGGAUAGCCGCAUCCAACAGUAAGGACCUCACCAUGAAGCGUCUCGAGUGGCUGCUGCUCCUGGCGUAUGUAGCCUCCGUGUCAACGGCAGUGGCUCCAAGGAGGAGGCGUCACAGCACGGUGGAAUCGCCCUCCUCGAGCCUCGGCGAUUGGGGAUCGGCCUGGGGCCUGGGUCCCGAGAUGGCACUCGUGAGGAGGGUUUACGAUGACUGCCAGGACAAGAACGACUUCAUCGGCUGCCUCAAGCAGAAAGCCCUCCAUGCCCUUAGUCGAGCCCUGGACCAGGACUCCAUCAAGAUCGUGGAUGGUCUGGUGCUGGAAAAGCAGAACCAGAGCGAAACCGAGAGCAUCUUGGGCUCCCUGACGGAUGCCCGCCAGUUUGGCAACCUGGCACCCAUCGAUCGAGCCCUUCUUUCCAAGGCGGACAAGCUUAUGCGGACGCACACGGUCAAGAUUGACAUGGACGGAGGCGGUGGCGGCGUAGAGGAUAGUGUGGGCCGAGGCCACGAGCACGGACACAAGAAGAAGAAGCACAAGGAGGGGGGCCACAUCAAGUACGUGGUGGCCGCCCUCCUCACCGCCAUGGGAAUCGCUGGUCCUCUGGGUCUAAAGGCUCUGGCCGCGAUCGCCGGCAAGGCCCUCGUCAUCAGCAAGGUGGCCCUGACUAUUGCCGGGAUUAUUGCGCUGAAGAAACUCUUCUCGCACGACCACAGCGAGGAGACUAGCUUCCAGGUGCAUGCCGGCGAACACAACAGGCGCAACACAUACGUGAUCCGGCCGGUGUCCAAGACGAGCGGUGGAGUAGCAGCUGGUGGAGUGGGCGUGACUGCUGCCGGUGGCAGCUCAUCGGUGGACCCGUAUCGCUACUACUACGACUACCACCAGCAGUAACGCGUAACACAGUGUUGAGUUGGUGUCUGGAGAAAUCUUCGCCGUUGUCCGGCGGAGUCCUGAAGCAGCUAGACUACCAAAGAACCGAUCCAAAACCAGUCGGGCCAAAUGGAGCCCGGCAGAAGCCGUUCACCUUAAUGUAGCUCCUAAGUUGUAGGCUAAUCUAUUAUGCAGUUGCCCGAACCCAGAGAAUAAAACCCAAAUAAUAAAUGAUAUUGAAAUGUACUCUAGGAGUUAA